AUGAACUCGGACCCAAAGGCUCAGUUCAGGGAGCUGCAUAUACUGGCAGCCAGGGAAAUCAAAGUUGUUCGUGGUCAGAAACCUGUGAUAAUCUUUAUUCCUGUUCUUCAACUGAAAUCUUUCCUGAAAACCCAAGUGGGGCUGGUACAGGAACUGGAGAAAAUAAUCAGUGGACAGCAUGUUGUCUGUAUUGCUCAGAGGAGAAUUCUACCUAAACCAGCUCAUGAAAGCCGUACAAAGAAGAACCAGAAGCGACCCAGAAGCCGCUGUGCACUGUGCCAUCCACGAAGACUCCGUCUCCCCAGGGGCGAACCGGUGCGCACGAGAACCCGCGGAAAGCUGGACGGCAGCGGGCUUGUCAAGGUUCCUUUGGCCGAAGCCCAGCAGAACAACGUAGAACUCAAGGUUGAAACCGCUCCUGGGGUUUAG